AUUACAUUAUUUAGUUAAAGGACUACUCAGAGAUAAUUGUGUCCUUAGUUACAAUAAAACUUUACUGCAUUUGCCUCACUCCGCGACACUACCUUCUCCAUUCUGCACCAUUAUCGCGAGGUUUGAUCAGCUGUUAGGUCUGUUUUUAGAGUCUAGCGCUUGGACGGUCAACACGUGGGGAGGAUAGAGAAAGAGUCACGGUGUAGAGGAGCACGUUGAGAUUGAGUCGGGCCCGGAAUACGUAACAUUAUAUCACGAUAAUUUAAUUCACCGUGGCGGCGCGGAGGACGUUUAAAUACUGUGUAGCUGCUAGGGUCCUGAGGAGAUGCCACUGAGGUUCCGGUCUAUUGUCCCGUACACGCUGCCUGGAGUGCUGGCGCUUAUAGGCUGGUGGUGGUACAUCUCACGCAAGAAAGAGCGAAUCGCCAACCACGACAGCGAGGAGGGGGCAGCGGCCAUGGGGCUGCUGGUGUCCCCGGCCCCCAGUGAUGGCAGCAACGGCCUGGUAGAGAAAGGGACAGUGUCCCUCUGCGCCACAGCCACUACCCCCACAACCAGCAGCAGCUGCAGAGAGAGAACAGCCAGCAGCAGAGUCCGACCACCCAAGGCCAAAGGGCAACGGUCAACAGAACAGGAGGUAGUAGCACAGAUUCACAUCCCAGCCACUAAGGCCCAGGCAGUAGAGGUACAGAGUACAUCCUGUUCACCAACAGAGAGGCUAGAUGCCUCCCACCACCCAGACAGAGCCAACGCAGUCGCAGACCCUGGUGUAGAUAGGUGCCAACAGACACCCAGGAGCAGUUCUUCUCCCACAGCCUCACCCUUACCAACACAGACCAGGAAGGAGAGCUCGGCUCCCCAGGGAGAACACGGGGCCACUGGACAGAGCCCGCCAGCCGGCAAUGCCUUUGUUACAAAGCCAGUGAAAUCAACGGUUACCGAGCAGGUCACGGCUCCAGUGAAGGAGGCCAUCGCCACAACAUCAGAAGCACUUGUACUCUCCCGGACGUCCCACGCCACAACUAGUUCCUCCACAGCAGCAGACCUGACGAAUGCAGAGAGGCCCGAGCCAGAGGGAGAGGUAGCAGCAGUGACCUUCACCCAGAACCUGCAAGUGGAGCUGGUGGCUAAAGAUGCCCUCCCGGUCCCCUCCAGCAGUACCAAAGAUGAGCUGCUCUCCUCGCAUGCCGUCCCAGCUGAGACGCCGGCCCAGGCCCUGAAAGUAGUCACACAUGAGCCCCUCUUCCCAGAGACCCCCACAUCAUCGCAGGGCUCCUACCAUGCUGUUGUGACUAGUACUCCGGCCUUCCCGGCCCAAGACCCCCAGCAGGAGAACUGGGCCCCCAGCAGCAGUGAGGAGCUGGAGUACCUGGCAGCAGGUCUGAUCACUGAGGUCAUCUGGGCAGCCACCCAGGAGGUCCUCAGUGUUACCUCCUGUCCAGAGACCUGGCUCGGCCAAUCCACCGCCGAGCCCUGCUGCAGAAGCACCCCGCUGGCCAAUGGGAGGCCAUGCUCUGAGCAAAAGCCACUCAUAAGGAACAUGGAGGAAGGGCCCUCCCCAAUAAGCCACUCCGAGACGGAGUGGAGAGCGCAGCAGAAAGAAGGGAUGCCUAACGGUUGCCCGCCCGCCACGGCAUGGGAGCCAAUGGGGACAGAGAAGGCACUGAAUAACCCCUGGUCAACAGCAGCGUCCUUGCAGGAGGGGAGGCAAGAGGCCAGCGGCGGACCUAGAAACCUGGACAAACUGAAGGGAGACGAGGGGGUGAUGGUGGCAGAGGACUCAGCCUGCAGUACGUGUCACUCUGAGGAUGGGGUCAGCAGUGAGGACCAGCAGAGCAGGGAGAGCCGAGAGGAUCUGAUCCAGGUGUCAGGGAUGUCUGAGGGAGAGGGUGGGCUGCGCCAGGCCUCAGAAGAGGUAGUGGCAGAGGUGAUGGCAGCCCUACCAGGCCACGUGCUGGGGGCUGUUGGCGAAGUGAAGAGGCUCAAUGGCAUGGGUCUGAGGAACGGUUCUCACGGGAUGAGUGAGACUGAGACCGAUCAGUCUGGAGGCUCGGAUGUGAACAGCAUGGACUCGGUGGACAGUGGCUGCACCAUGGGGGCUAGGGACAGUAGUGGCAGCCCUGCCAUGGCUCUGGGCUCUGAACUCAUCGUUUGGGAGAUUGAGGUGCCAAAGCAUCUGGUGGGUCGGUUAAUUGGGAAACAGGGGCGAUAUGUGAGCUUCCUGAAGCAAAGCUCUGGUGCAAAGAUCUACAUCUCCACCCUGCCUUACACUCAAGAGUUCCAGAUCUGCCACAUAGAGGGUUCCCAGCAUCAGGUGGACAAAGCCUUGUCCCUGAUCGGGAAGAAGUUUAAGGAUUUGGACCUGACCAACCUGUAUGCCCCCCCACCUCUGCCGCUCGCGCUGCCCUCGCUUCCCUCGCUGCCCAUGACCUCCUGGCUCCUGCUCCCCAGCGGUGUGACCGUGGAGGUGAUCGUAGUGAACAUUGUGUCGGCAGGUCACCUCUUCGUCCAGCAGCACACACACCCUACGUACCACGCCCUACGCAGCCUGGACCAGCAGAUGUUCCUGUGCUACUCCCAGCCAGGGACACCCACCCUGCCCUCGCCUGCUGAGGUGGGGGUGAUCUGUGCGGCGCCGGCGGUAGAGGGAGCCUGGUGGAGAGCCCAAGUCAUCUCCUUCUACAAAGAGACCAACGAGGUUGAGAUCCGAUAUGUGGACUAUGGUGGCUAUGACCGAGUGAAGAUCGACACACUACGGCAAAUAAGGUCGGACUUCGUAACAUUACCGUUCCAAGGUGCAGAAGUAUUACUGGAUAACAUCGCCCCCCUUCUAGGAGAGAACAGCUUUUCAACCGAGGCCAACUCUGCACUGGAGGAGAUGACGAGAGGGGUAGCACUGCUUGCACAGGUCACAAACUACGACAACAACACUGGUCUCCCAUUGGUCCAGAUGUGGAACAUGGUUGGAGAAGAGCUGGUAUCAGUGAACCGCACACUGGCAGAGCGAGCGUUGGGUACCUGGGUGGACAGCUUUUGAACCUUGCUGCCCCUCCACCCCUCAACCCUUUCUCAGCUCCACCACACCCCUCCUAGAUCCCUUCUCACCUAAUCUUUGGAGUCUGUCCCCACCAGCCCUCCAGAAACACCCCAUAACACUUCAAUGGAAGAACACAACCACUGGAUUUGGGAAUAAUUUGUUUUUAUUUUGUUUUUGUUUGUUGGUUGCUUUUUUUACACCACAUUUAAAAAAGAAAUUAAGAAUGGUUGUAUGCAGAAAAAAGAUAAUGAAGUACUGCUUCAGAAUAAGCCAACUCCCCUCCUCUCCUCCCCCACACACCAAAAUAACUUCAAGAAGGAAAAUAAAGUACUUGUACAUUUUAAAAAGAGAUCUAUAUUGUAACUAAAUAAAGGUCGUUCCGAAUGUUCGUCCUACCUGACGUUUCACUCCACAACUUUACCUGUGGAUUCUCAUCAUGCUGUGGAUGUAUAACUCCACUCAAUAGAAAACAGUGUCAAUGGAGAACUAACCUCACUGUCAGCUGUAACUACAUAUAUACACUUGUAUGGUGACAUCAAAGGAAUUGGGCUGUGAAGACUGGGCUAAGUGUGGGGUUUCUAGAUUAUUGUACGUAGUGCAGUAGCCAGUCCCUAUUUCAUGUGCUGGCAGGCUUUCGGUCUCAUCAUGACAGCCGUGGACAUACAGGCCUGGGGGUCUAAGGAUGGCGUCUGGAUUCAUGGUUGUGACUGACGCCCUCGUCUGUGGAGACCAAAAAAAUUAGAUCUCAGCUUUGUUGCAGCUCACCACAACCACAGUCAAGGAAACGGACGGGAUGGGGGUGAUUCCUGUCUCCGACCCCCUGACCUGGGUGACUGACUGGGAGAAGGUGCAGAACCGGGGUCCCAGGAGUCGUGUGAAGGCCUGCUGAUCUGCCCUGGCCUCUCCAGUCCGUACAACACUGUGGCCUUAUGGAGAAACCAAACGGGCUUCCUUUUCUGGGAUCUCCAACUGACCUGCAAGCAGACCAACCUGACCCCUCCUCUCUCCCCAUGCAAUCGCUAGUUGCCUUCAGCGUCUAUCCAUUGUUCUGCCUGGCAUCUCAGCUGGCGCACCCACCACUACCACCACCACUACAUUUCAGAUCCACUACUGUUGUCUGGCACUGGAGCUGCAGAGUCUGGGACAUGACAUGGGGCUGGCUGUCUGGGACAUGCAACGGAAGGGUAGGGGCGCACUAGCUCCACUCUUUUCCCUCCCCUCCCCCCUCUCGACUGACUCCAGGGGGGCCUCGUGCAGCUGUCUAAGGACUUUGAGAGAGGACACCACCGUGCGGUUAGCAUUGGUGUGUGGAAACACUACAGCCACGGACAGGCCUCUGAUACCUGACCUGGAACUCUUACAGAACGGCUUUGAGUUAACGUAACUUAGCCCUGCUCAGUCGGGAUAGGCCCAGUGCUUAUAU